AUGAACCCCCCCCCCAGGGGGUCCAAACCGUUUAGUACAAAAAACAUCAGAGGGAGGUUAUUCUAUAAAAGGAGGCCCAAGCAAAUACCCAAGCUGAAAAAAAAAAACUGGAGGUCCAAAUGGCUAGAAGGAGCUCCACAAAAGAGAGGAAUCUGUUUGAAGGUCCGAGUGCAGACCCCUAAGAAGCCAAAUUCGGGGUUAAAAAAAAUCGCUCGAGUUAGAUUGUCCACGGGAAGAAUCGUCUCCGUGUACAUCCCAGGAAUAGGCCAUAAUUUGAAUACUCACAACAUCAUUCUUGUGCGGGGUGGCAGAUGCAAGGACAUCCCAGGGUGUAAUUACAAAGCUAUUAGAGGGGUCUACGACCUACUGCCAGUGAAAAAUAGACUGAGGGGAAGGAGCAAAUAUGGGGUGAAACUCUCCGAGGAGAAAAAAAAGCACCUACUGGAGAGAUACAACUUGAAGCACAUAUACAUUAAGAAGGACGUGGAGCAAUUUAACAAAUAUAAGUGGUUCAAUUGGUUCAGUUACGCCGAUGGGGAGAAGAACCUCAGGCAGAAGCCGCUCGAGGAGGACGAACCCGUCCCCAUCAACAUCUUCCACUUCAACACCCACUACCGGAACCGCAAGGUUGAGCAGUCCCGGGAGUAG